GUGCCUAAAAAAUAAUAUAUACUCCAAUUAUUUUUUGCGACCAUCUCCAAUUUAAAAAUCUCCGUCGAUAUCUGAUUAAAAGGUACAGAUUAGAAUCUCUCUCUCUCUCUGUUUUCUCUCUCUGUUUCGACGGUGGAGGGGUUCGUUUUAGGGCGAAACAAUCUGAGAGCUUUGCAAAUAUGGCGCCGCCAGCGUUUGCAGCAGGAGAUGGUGGUGGAGGAGCAGUGGCAAGGCCGCAGCAACAGCAAGGUUUUGGGCAGACGAUAACAGGAGUCAUAAGAAUAGCGGUUUUCUGGUACUUCGCUUCCAAAUUCUUUUCUCCCAAGAAGCCCAUCGAGCCUGCUCUUCAGAUCUCUAACAUCUUCCAGAAGGGCGAAUCGCUGGAUAUGUGGUUUUAUCUUUCUGAACAUGAAAAGUUCAACGACUUUGGUAGUGAAGGUGCACUUGUUUGGCAUGAGACAAAUAUACCUUAUGCUGUCUGGGGACCAGAGAGUACAAGAUCUUUGUCUUUCAUGUAUUAUCCAUCUGAGGCUUUGAAGCACAAUGGCAGUCUUUAUGCUCACGUUUUCUUUGCUCAGUCUGGUUACCCACCGGACCCCAAUGAUCCAGAGUACCAGCCAUUGGCUGCUUUCGGCAGGACGCACCCUGUUGUUACAUACCUGCCCAAGUCAAAGACAGAUAAACGGAAGAGCUUGUUGGGAAGUUCCAAAGACUCUAGUGAGGAUGCAGCGGUGCCUGAGGUGGUGGACGAAACUCGAGAUGAUUCUGAAGAUGAUGGCCCUGUGGAAUGGGUGUCAUAUUGGAAACCAAACAUUACAGUCAAUUUGGUUGAGGAUUUUACAAGGUAUCCAAAAAAUGCCGUUCCACCAAAUAUAGAUCCUUACUUGAAUAUUGAACCUAAAACAGGGAACUACUAUCCAACCAUUUUUUUCAAUGAGUUUUGGUUACUUAGAAAUAAGUUAAUACCAAUAAAUGAUUCAGUAACUGAGUUGACGCUGAAUCUCGAAGUGGGUCCAAUAAGCAUGACCAAGUGGCAGCUGUUCCUGCAGAUUGAUCAAUCCUUCCAGAUUCACCGUAGUUAUGGGAGUAUGCUUGAAGGCGAGGCUGAUGAACUUAAGAGAGUAUUCUUGGAAGGGAAUCCAUACCUUUUGGUGAUUACAAUGAUUGUCUCAGUAUUUCAUUCCAUAUUCGACUUCUUGGCAUUUAAGAAUGAUAUUCAAUUUUGGAACAAAAACAAAUCCAUGGAAGGACUAUCUGCAAAGUCAGUUAUUGUGAGCUUCUCAUGUCAGCUUAUUGUCUUCCUCUACCUACUUGACAACGAUACUUCGUGGAUGAUACUUGCAAGUUCUGGAGUUGGUUGCUGCAUUGAGUUCUGGAAAAUUGGGAAAGCCAUGCACAUUGAGAUUGAUAGGUCUGGGAGGAUACCUAUGUUGAGGUUCCGAGAUCGUGAAUCAUAUGCCGGGAACAAGACAAAGGAGUAUGAUGAUCUUGCAAUGAAGUAUUUAUCCUAUGUUCUCUUCUUGCUAGUUGGCUGCUCUUCCGUUUACUCUCUCAUGUACGAACGCCACAAGAGCUGGUACUCUUGGAUUCUCUCUUCACUUACAAGCUGUGUUUACAUGUUUGGUUUUAUUAUGAUGUGCCCUCAACUGUUCAUCAACUAUAAGCUGAAGUCUGUGGCCCAUAUGCCCUGGAGGCAGAUGACAUACAAGUUUCUUAAUACCAUCAUUGACGAUCUAUUUGCAUUUGUCAUAAAAAUGCCUAUAUUGCAUCGGCUUUCUGUCUUCCGUGAUGAUCUUAUCUUUCUGAUAUAUCUGUACCAGAGGUGGGUAUAUCCAGUGGAUAAGAAACGGGUAAACGAGUUUGGUUUUGGUGGUGAAGAUGAAAACCAGGCUUCUGCUUCUGGUUCUACUUCUACAGAUGUAACAGCUGUUACAGAAGAAGAAAAGAAAACAAACUGAGAUGGGUUUGAUGUGAUUCAUUUCGGAUUACACAGCAGAAUCUGUAAAAUUCAGUUAGGAGAAAAUUAUCUCGGGCAUUUUUCUUGGUUUUUUUUUUUUUUUUUUUUUUUUUUUUUUUUUU